CCAAGCUUUGGGGAAAAGAACUAAUAAAUGCUCCCAAGCCCGGAUCCCCGCACUCGUUGUCACGACUGGAGGAGACUUAGGCAGGCCGCGCUCCCGCCUCACUCUGCUCUCCGGCUGGCCGUGGCUCUCUGAGCCCUCUUUUCAGAGCCCCCAGCCUCGGGAACAUUCGCCCAGACUCGCACCAAACUUUUCCGCCCUGGGCUCGGGAUCCUGGACUCCGGGGCCUCCCCGCCCGCCCCUUUCCCGGGUUCCAGCUCCGGCGUCUGGACUAGGAACCGGCAGCCCCCCUCCCCGCGUCCCUCCCGCUCGCUUCAGCCGUUUUGGGGAGGAGCUCUCCACGCUCCGGAUAGUUCCCGAGGGUCACCCGCGCCGCACUCGCCUUUCCGUUUCGCCUUCACCUGGAUAUAGUUUCCAAGCGAAGCUGCCCCCAGGAUGACCACGCUGGCCGGCGCUGUGCCCAGGAUGACGCGGCCGGGCCCGGGGCAGAACUACCCGCGCAGCGGGUUCCCGCUGGAAGUGUCCACUCCCCUCGGCCAGGGCCGCGUCAACCAGCUAGGCGGCGUUUUUAUCAACGGCAGGCCGCUGCCCAACCACAUCCGCCACAAGAUCGUGGAGAUGGCCCACCACGGCAUCCGGCCCUGCGUCAUCUCGCGCCAGCUGCGUGUGUCCCACGGCUGCGUCUCCAAGAUCCUGUGCAGGUACCAGGAGACCGGUUCCAUCCGUCCCGGUGCCAUCGGCGGCAGCAAGCCCAAGCAGGUGACAACGCCUGACGUGGAGAAGAAAAUUGAGGAAUAUAAAAGAGAGAACCCGGGCAUGUUCAGCUGGGAAAUCCGAGACAAAUUACUCAAGGACGCCGUCUGUGAUCGAAACACGGUGCCCUCAGUGAGUUCCAUUAGCCGCAUCCUGAGGAGUAAAUUCGGGAAAGGUGAAGAGGAGGAGGCCGACUUGGAGAGGAAAGAGGCAGAGGAAAGCGAGAAGAAGGCCAAACACAGCAUCGACGGCAUCCUGAGCGAGCGAGCUUCAGCACCCCAAUCAGAUGAAGGCUCUGAUAUUGACUCUGAACCAGAUUUACCACUAAAGAGGAAACAGCGCAGAAGCCGGACCACCUUCACAGCAGAACAGCUUGAAGAACUGGAGCGUGCUUUUGAGAGAACUCAUUACCCUGACAUUUAUACCAGGGAGGAACUGGCCCAGAGGGCGAAGCUCACCGAGGCCCGAGUACAGGUCUGGUUUAGCAACCGCCGUGCAAGAUGGAGGAAGCAAGCUGGGGCCAAUCAACUGAUGGCUUUCAACCAUCUCAUUCCGGGGGGGUUCCCUCCCACUGCCAUGCCAACCCUGCCAACAUACCAGCUGUCGGAGACCUCUUACCAGCCCACAUCUAUUCCACAAGCCGUGUCGGAUCCCAGCAGCACGGUUCACAGACCUCAACCGCUUCCCCCGAGCACAGUACACCAAAGCACGAUUCCUUCCAACCCAGACAGCAGCUCUGCCUACUGCCUCCCCAGCACCAGGCAUGGAUUUUCCAGCUAUACAGACAGCUUUGUGCCUCCGUCGGGGCCCUCCAACCCCAUGAACGCCACCAUUGGCAAUGGCCUUUCACCUCAGGUAAUGGGACUCCUGACCAACCACGGUGGUGUACCUCAUCAGCCCCAGACUGAUUACGCGCUCUCGCCUCUCACCGGGGGCCUGGAACCCACCACCACCGUGUCGGCCAGCUGCAGUCAGAGACUAGACCAUAUGAAGAGCUUGGACAGCCUGCCAACAUCUCAGUCCUACUGUCCACCCACCUAUAGCACCACAGGCUACAGUAUGGACCCUGUCACGGGCUACCAGUAUGGGCAGUAUGGACAAAGUGCCUUUCAUUAUCUCAAGCCAGAUAUCGCAUAAGUGAACUGUCCACUUGGAGGUAAAACUGGCCCUGUUUCUGGUCUUCGCAGCCUAGACAUGAAGAAUCUGCUCAGAAAACAAAAAAAUUUACCCUUUUGUUGGGGGGAGUCCCGAUAAGAGACAAAGGAGAGUGAUCGAUUUUCUUUCUCCAGUAGUUGGUUUCAAAUUCUUUUGAACAAGUUGGCCAAAAGCCGUGGAGAAGAGGAAGACCUGGAGCAAUAAAAGACAGAUGCAACAUUUUAAGGCAAUGGUUUCAAAUGCUUACAUAUCAAAAUAUCCCAGUUCUUCAGUGCUGAUCAUCAAGGAGCUAGGACAUUCCAUUUGCUUGUGUGCGAGCAUGCGUGUGUGCGUGUGUGCGUGUGUGCGUGUGUGCGUGUGUGUGUGUGUGUGUGUGUGUACUGAGAUUUACUGGGACUGGUUUGGGCAAGCAGACUGUUCUAAAAUAUAAUAGGAGAAUAAAGUACAACAUGUUGAUGUUUGGUGCUGACACUUCUAUAACUUUAAAACUGCUCGCUUCAUGAAGCAAGAACAGAGGAAUCCUUGACUCUUACACACUGGAAGUUGACAUAAUAAUAAAUGCCACCAUUUUUAGGAAGCUAGGCUAGCUGUAAGGACCUCCUAAGUAAAUUAUUUGCUAUUGUAUCCUCAUUUUAAUCUAGUUGUCAGUAAAUGUCCCGGACACACCUUGCUAACAGGACAUGGGCUACCAGGAGGAAAAGCUUGUUUCCUUUUCUGGUGUGGGGAGAAGUGUCUGACAUUUUUCCAGUUCAUAUUUAUUUGGCAGCCCACCUGGGUUGGAGGAAGGGCAUGGUGGAGAGAAAGUGACACGCAUUCACAUAUCUGCUUAUCAGUGUGCAAUACUGUGUACCUCAUGGAUGCUUUGGCAAUGGCCACGGCGAUAAAAACAAAACCAGAACUAUAUUUUUGCAGGUGCUUGUAUUUUCACAGUCCAUAAUUCAUAGUGAUAGAGUGCAGUGAUAUUUGCCAUUUACCAGACAACCAACACCCGGCUUUCUCCUUUUGAUUAGAGACCAGAUCAGAUAAUUAUGCUUUUAAACUGAUUACGUUUACAUUCUUCUCUUUUCUAUGAAAGGCAGGGCAAGAACAGAAAUGUUCACAUGGCUCUCAUGUAUUUUUAAAUUAUACAAUGAUAUCCAAUAUUAAAAGAUUAUAGGAACUGAGGUUUACAUACGUUUGUGUGGUGACAUUUUAGAAUGUCAAUAAAUUUGUUUUUUGAAAUGUUGAGGGAACAAGAAGGUGGAAGGCAGUGUUAUUUAUUUCUUUCUAUUCUCGGAACCAUGAAUGAGGUAGGCACAGAUACAUUCCUUUCAGAGUUAAGAACUAUGACGUAGUGAGUUAGUGAGACUAGAUGUAGUACCGAGUUUAGUUCAUGCAUUCGUCUUAGGGCUGAUGAACAAGAGAAAUACUAUCUUUGUGUUGCAGCCUCAACCAACAACAAUGUGUUGUAAAAAUGUCUUUCAUGUAAAAAGCGCAGUAAAUAUUUACUAUUUAUAAUGAAUAAACAGUUAUGAAAACUU